CCGGGGCGCGCACGCAGAGAACUUGGGCGGCGCGCGCAGCGUGAGGUUCUUGGGCGCAGAGGUGCGAGACCUGGCGAGGGGAUCAAUAAUUUUUGGCCACUUUUGAAGUCUUGAAGAAGCUCCCCAUCAAGGAAGAGCUGGAAUAACAGCCGUCACUGUCAAUUAGAGAAUGGACCGUUUGGGUUCCUUUAGCAAUGAUCCAUCUGAUAAGCCCCCUUGCAGAGGCUGCUCCUCCUACCUCAUGGAACCUUACAUUAAGUGUGCUGAAUGUGGACCUCCUCCUUUCUUCCUGUGUUUGCAGUGUUUCACUCGAGGAUUUGAGUACAAGAAGCAUCAGAGUGACCACACUUACGAGAUAAUGACCUCAGACUUUCCUGUGCUUGAUCCUAGCUGGACUGCUCAAGAAGAAAUGGCCCUUUUAGAGGCUGUAAUGGACUGUGGCUUUGGAAAUUGGCAGGAUGUAGCUAAUCAGAUGUGUACCAAAACCAAAGAGGAGUGUGAAAAGCACUACCUGAAGCAUUUCAUCAAUAACCCUCUGUUUGCAUCCACUCUGCUAAGUCUGAAGCAAGCUGAAGCAGCCAAAACUGCUGACACGGCCAUUCCAUUUCACUCUGCAGAUGACCCUCCCCGGCCUGCCUUUGACUCAUUGUUGUCUCGGGACAUGGCGGGAUACAUGCCAGCUCGGGCAGAUUUCAUUGAGGAGUUUGACAAUUACGCAGAAUGGGACUUAAGAGACAUUGAUUUUGUUGAAGACGACUCAGACAUCUUACAUGCUCUGAAGAUGGCUGUGGUAGAUAUCUAUCAUUCCAGAUUAAAAGAGAGGCAAAGACGUAAAAAGAUUAUAAGAGAUCAUGGAUUAGUCAACCUUAGAAAGUUCCGAUUAAUGGAACGGCGGUAUCCCAAGGAGGUUCAAGACCUUUAUGAAACAAUGCGGCGAUUUGCAAGGAUUGUAGGACCAGUGGAACAUGACAAGUUCAUUGAGAGCCAUGCAUUGGAAUUUGAACUCCGGAGGGAAAUCAAGAGGCUCCAAGAAUAUAGGACAGCGGGCAUUACCAAUUUUUGUAGUGCCAGGACAUACGAUCACCUGAAGAAGACUAGAGAGGAGGAGCGUCUUAAACGUACCAUGCUCUCGGAAGUUCUCCAGUACAUCCAGGACAGUAGCGCAUGUCAGCAGUGGCUCCGCCGGCAGGCUGACAUUGAUUCUGGGCUGAGUCCUUCUGUUCUGACAGCUUCAAACUCAGGCAGACGAAGUGCACCACCUUUGAACCUCACCGGCCUCCCUGGUACAGAGAAACUCAAUGAGAAAGAAAAGGAGCUCUGUCAGGUGGUGAGGUUGGUACCUGGAGCCUAUUUAGAAUAUAAAUCUGCUCUGUUGAAUGAGUGUAACAAGCAAGGAGGCUUGAGACUGGCACAGGCAAGAGCACUCAUCAAGAUAGACGUGAACAAAACCCGGAAAAUCUAUGACUUCCUCAUUCGAGAGGGGUACAUCACCAAAGCCUGAGUGUCUGCUUAGCAAUGCAGACCAGAAGUCUGGAAUGCGGCAGGUCAAAGGACAUUCUGGAGACUUGGGUUUGAGUUGGAUUCUUAUUGUGAAAAGAAGGAAAGACUCGGUACUCUAAGUGCAUCUGUUUCUUCCUGCCCUGCUGUAAAGUGCUCCUGUUGUGGGAAUAGCGAUGCAGUGUGUGUGCUCACCUAGCUAUUAUUAAACAUGAGUGGGCAUUCUUUCCUAGCACCUCUUGUAACUCAAACAAGAACCAUAGUACCUCACAUCAUGGCUUUGGUGCAAAUAGAACCAAGCCAAGCCACAGCAUUUCAUCCUAGGAGUCCAGCUCAGAUCCUUGAACUUGAGAGUAAAGCUCGCUGACUCUCUGCCUUCCCAUCUUGCACACAGAUUUCAAAUAAAGAGGAGGGUUUUUAAAGCACAAGAAAGCCUUUUCUUUCAAGGAUUUUUUUUUUUUUUUUUUUUUUUUUUUAAAGCUAACGUCUCAGUUUUUGAGCUGAAGAGGUGGAAUGUCUCCCCAUGAUGGUCUGUCUCGAGCUGCAUUUUUAACUUUCAUGUCUGGCUUUGUACUUUGCAGUCUGGCUGUCUGAUCUGCAGUAGACUCUUGAGGAGGUGGCACCGGAUAUAAAAUGUCUCUGUUAUUUUUAGAAUUAAUGGAUUAAAAUGUUUUGCUAUUUAA